AAAAAAGGGGGUGAGAGAACCUAGAGAGAGGAGAAAUGAUGAACCGCCGGAAGACUCACCGAAAACUACCGUCGGAGUCUAUUCCGGUGAGGAUCAUGAUGCAAGGAGGUGAAGAUCAUGCAGAGAGACUUUCUUGGAAGGGAAAAGAGAAUGUGGGUGGCCGGACUCCCAUUUUUCAUCAAGAAGUCGGAAAACCCGCAAGGAACAACUCUACGCAUGAUCUGUGAAGAAGUUUGGCCGAGACCUCAACCCGAAGGCGGAGAUCCGCGAGUCGUCCGAGAACGGAAUCAUGUCGAUCCGAUCUACGGAUCGAAAGAUAUAAAAAUCGGAAAAGAAGGUUGUGUUUCGGUUUUCAGAGGGCAGAGAAGAAAGGAGAAGAAGAAAGAAGAAAGGAGUCGGCCGGCGAGCGGCGGAUGGUGGCGACAGGCGCCGGACGGCUGCGACAGGCGCCGGACACGCGUCGACCAUCGGCUGGAGCAACGCAGCUCCAGCGAUGCGUCGACACGUGUCGCCCGCAAGCCGGGCCGAAUCGCGACGCGAGCCGAGCCGACCCGCGACUACGCGGAGGCGGGCGCGCGUGGCAGGCGUGCAGCCUGCGACUGGCGUCUUCCCGCGCGCGUGGCCACGCACUCCCAGUGUGCUGCUGGCGCGUGA